AGUAUAACCUAGGUAGUUUAACCAUAUGUGAAGAAUAUAGUAACUUGAAGCGAUCAGUAUUUAGAGAGAUUUAGGUUUACUUAUGUUUUGGCAAUAUCUUUUAAAAUUAAAGGAUAUUAAUCUUGUCCUUGAAAAAUAUUUAUUUAGCACCCAUGUUUGGAAGUAUAAAAAAAUAUAUAGGGAGUUUUUAUACGAAAGCAACUAGUCGUGACGAAAAAAUGAGAGUGGACGACUUUAAAUUUCACGAUGCGUUUGAAGAAGAUUCGAAUAAUGGUUUGAUUUUAAAUGAUCAUUACAUUCCUGAAGAGAUUUUAAUCAAAAUAUUGAGUUUUGUACCACCUAAGGAACUUUUAACUCUGGCGCUUGUUUGCAAAAAAUGGUGCAAUAUAAUUAAAUCUGAAAUGUUAUGGAUAGACAUAUACAAACGGGAAAAUCCUCAUCCAACUAAAUGGUUACCUUGGUAUGUCUAUUAUGUGUACUGUACCACAAAUGCUUUUAAAAAUAUGUUACAAAAUGGAAAUGGUAAUGACCAGUAUCGUCAUUGGAAGAUAAUGAGAAAUUUUGGUGACCAAUUUGUAAUAGAAAAAGAACCACAAGGCUCUGAACCGCUCCCUUCUAAUGUACCAGAUUUCAAUGGUCAUAAAAGUUGUUUUGCUACUUCAUAUUAUGAAUGUACCAAACUACAAGAAAUUAAGUUAGAAGAUCGACGUUUGUUGAGGUAUAUUAUGAACAAACAUAAACCACAUCUCUAUGCUAGCGAAUGGGUGGCUGCUAGAUUUGAUUGCGGCAGUAAGUAUGUGUUACAAUUCAAAGGACUUUCUCAAGAAUUGAAGCAAAUAGCAAAAGAUGGAGACGAUGAUGAUAUUGAUUAUGAUAGUGCAGUACUUUUCCAAGACGAAAGACAGAUAUUCAUGCCUCAAUGGGGAAAUGCCACAUGGUCAAAAGUAGAAAUAGUGAUAGAUGAUUAUCCAGAUAAUGUGAUGUCUCUAAUAUUUCUACAUGAAGGCAGAGAUACCCAAUACUGGAAAGGACAUUAUGGUAGUAAAAUGGCUGGUGGUGUGGUAAAACUACUUUUCGACACAAUUAAAACUGAAGAUCUUUCAUAAACGUUUUUAAAAAAUGUAUAAUUCAGAUCAAAGGGGCAUACUUUUCUAUUUAUAUAAGUUAGUUGAAAAAAUAUGUGGUAGAUGAAUACAUUAUAUUUACACUAAAAUAUUGGUUAUUUAAAAAAAAUGAAUCACAAGUUUUAUAAGAUAUAUGUAAAAGUACUCUUAGAUAUUUAGGAAUCAUGUUGUAGAUCAACUUUUUAUUUAAAUAACUGAAAUAUUUGUUCAAAGCUGAUCACCUUAUCCAACAAUUCAGUGUUAUUUAUAACUAUUAUCAGGUAACUAAGUUUUAUUUACCUCACUACUACUUUACCAUUUACUACCUACAUUCAUAAUUACACUGUCUGAUCCUUGGAGCUUUACCUAGAUACCCAGUUCCGAUAUGGCUCGAAGGACCAGACAAUGUUAUUGUAAAGGUUGUAAACAGUACGUUUGGUAAUUAUCUGGCAAGUCCUGGAACAUAAGGAAAUAGUAUUGCAUUAUCUCAACGUUAUUUGUAAAUAAUUAUGAAAAGUAAUUUAUGAUUUAUUACUGUUUACAUAUAUUUAUUUUCACUUUUAGGUUUUCUUAUACUUCUAUUUUAAUCUUAGCUGAACUAACAUUUUACUUUUAGUUAAAUUUUUUUUUAUAUUCCGUAAGCGUCACAUAUAGAAUAAAACAAGUUUUAUAAAAAAAUAUUUUUUUAAUAACACUUAUUUGAAUACCACAAUUUUUUAAACAAGAUUUUUACCUUACUUAUGAAGUAACUAUAAACAUUGACAAUACUGCAACUUUAUUUGUUGCUUAAUUCAGUCACUAUUCUUAUACUGUCUCUUGUAUUAUUGAUAAUACAGUGGGUACAGUAAAUAGUUCCUUCGAAGCAGUUUUACAGUAAACCUAUUUUUUAAAAAUUGUGGAACGAAUAUAUAAAUUGUAAGCAAAUGUGAUAUUUAUCAAUGUUAUAAUAAAUGUACUGUGUUACUAUUCCACUUUUAA